AUGCCCAUCAAUUUUGAUGAUGUGAUGCGACUGCUCUGCCAUCUCGCUCAGGUGAAGGGAAUGAAAGCUGCUGUCAGACACUCUGGUCGAGGAGCACUGCUAGCAGGUGCAACAGCAUUUAUUGGAGGUCUGAUGGGAGGUCCACCUGGAAUUGCUGUAGGAGGAGCAUUUGGUGGGUUGCUCGGUGCCUGGAUGGCUUCUGGACAGUUCAGGCCAGUCCCUGAUAUUCUAAUGGAAUUGCCUCCUGCUGAGCGGCAGAGACUGUGCCGUGAAGCCAGUGCUAUUCUCAGGCAGUUACACUGGGCUGAUGCUGCUAUGCUGAUUCCUCUUGUGAUGAACAAUCCUGCUGUCCAGCAGAGCUUGUCAGCAGUGCUGAUAAAAUUCUUCUCCCAAGGCCUAAAUGCAAAGAUAGUGUUUUGA